UGAAUAAAAAUGUUGUCCAUCAGUGCCGUUACCCAGUGUGCUCAGUUGUCAAGAGUCGUUUUGCCGUGAAUAAUAUUGUGCAGGUGUUGUGCAACAUUAGUGGAAAUCACAAAAAAUCGGUGUAAAAACAGAACCGAAGCUGCAGGUGUGAGUUUUGCAGAUAAGGACCCACGAUUGCAAGGUUCUACUCCUCUUCCUGCACGUGCUAUCUCAUCAACGUCAUAAAUCCACGCUUUUCCAGUUCCGGUUUGUUGCUUCUGCUUGCGGGUGUGUGCGCGCGUGUUUACUCGAUGCAUUCGUUCGUGCGUUCAUCGUGUGCCUUCGUCAAAAAAUCCUUUGUGCUGAGCCAGUGCGGACGUACCGUGUUGUUGAACGCUGCUGCUACAUUCCACUCAUCGAAGAUGGUGCAAAUUAAGGAAGGAGAUAAGAUACCCUCAAUCGACCUGUUUGAGGAUUCUCCCGCCAAUAAGGUAAACAUUGCGGAUCUGUGCUCUGGCAAGAGGGUGAUCCUGUUUGCCGUCCCCGGAGCCUUCACACCAGGCUGUUCCAAGACUCACUUGCCCGGAUAUGUUGACAAAGCUGGAGAUCUGAAAUCAAACGGAGCCGCCGAAAUCGUGUGUGUAUCCGUGAACGAUCCGUUCGUAAUGUCGGCUUGGGGCAAACAGCACAACGCCAGCGGCAAGGUGCGCAUGCUGGCCGAUCCGGCUGCGAUAUUCACGAAGGCGCUCGAGCUUGGAGCCGAUCUGCCACCACUGGGUGGACUACGAUCAAAACGCUACUCGAUGGUGCUGGAGGAUGGUGUGGUGAAGUCGCUUAAUGUCGAGCCGGAUGGUACCGGUCUCUCCUGUUCGCUGGCUGACAAGAUCAAGCUGUAAAAUCGUCUGUUUCGUCAUAAGUCGCCACCACGCCCUUAUGACUCCAUGCACUAUUUUUUUCUCACCAACUAUAGCAAUAAUGUAUGGUUCAAUGAUUCAAUGUUUAUACCUUUUGCUCUCCAUCUCGUGAUGAUAAUUAUCAACUGGGCUCUGAUGUUAAUUAUCAACACCGCAUCACACCAACACACUCAAACAAAUACAAAGAGUUCAGAAUCAAUACUUUUAGCAUAAACUAACUUCAGUCUCUCCUCACUUGGCAAGGACGCGGUUAGAUACCGCUAGUUAUAGAACUACGGAUGAAUUGAUUGUAAUCGAAAUUCUAAAACAUUUGAUAUGCUUAUCACUGUGCCGUCGAAUGCCUCUUGACCCUCGAUUGUUUUAUUCGCUUAUUAACGACGACAGUUCGAAUCGUGUUUUUAUCCAUAUGUUCUAUUGUCGAUUGCAUGGAGUAUUGUAUCGAGGUAAUGGAAAAAGAAUAAAUAUAUCAAUCUUGCACCUAGAGAACAAUAAUUAAUUGGAUGCCAUGAUAGGUAUAGGAAUUAGUGCCACAUACACUGACAUUUACCCUAAUCACCCUUAAUCGUGACACAGCUUUAUCGCUUAAAUCUUUCUCUACAUUGAUUGUCCCUACGAAUACAUCCCAAUGAGGGAUAUAUCAUAUAUGAUGUCAAUUCCUACACAAAUCAAACAGCAACAGUAGAAACGAUGAAGGGUCAAUAUUGGGGUGGGUAGUACUGCAUAAAGAUGAAGAAAGUGAAAGUGUAGUUUGGUAAGCGGUAUUAAUUGAAUUUUAAAGUUGAUGGAAUCAAUGCAUGCAAUUAAAAAAAACAAUGUGCUAUGCGGUAUAGGUGCAACUAUUAACAAAGAA